CAAAAAUAGUUAAGCGUAAAUCCCGACAAAUUAAGUAAUAAGUUUGAGUCAAUAAGUAAAGUUAAAUAUUGAAUAUUGUAGUUAACACACCUAAGAAAUUAUCAGCAACGCCCAAAAUAUGCUUCACAAUAUAAACUAACAAAAAGUAUUGCGUCUAGUGUACAAGGCUAUAUUAUUGACGCCAUAUAUGUCGCAAAGAUUUUAUGAAGGGGUGUAGAACCCUUAGCAUAAACUAGAAAAUAUAAUAAAAAAUAUGGAUUCAAAGAACAACUGAAGUUUCGAAGUAGUAACCCUUAAGUAAAAAACGAAUUAUAAAGAAAACUGAUUAAUACUAUUGUUAAAUCGGUACAAUUAGUUAAUUAGUUUAACGUGAUAAGUUUAAAAUUGUUCAGACAUUAGUUGCGAAUAUUGAGUUAUCAAGUCGACUUGCAGCUUGGAAGACGAUACGUAAUUAAUUCAUUAAUUAUUAUAUUUACAUGUAAUGUAUCUUUGUUUGUCAAAUUCUUUGGUCUCGAACCUGUAAAAUUAGACUAUAGAUAAGUGCUGUUGAAUAAUAUUCUCCCUACCUAUAUCAGCAUUUGUCAUAUUUCCUACUAUAAAAGUAGACUAAUUUCAUUAUUAGUGUCAGUGAGUGCGAUGGAGGAAAUGUGGUGGAUUCUGAUCUUAGUUUUUCUCGCGUCCACCGCGGGUGGUGAGAGUGUCGAAUCGUGCGUGGAACAUUGGAAUUCCGAAGACGAAUUCACCGAAUUCUACAACAUGGACCAAGUGAUGGUGUCCUCUUAUCACAGCAACAACGUGCCGUUCAAAUACUACGACUGCAUCGAGGAAGUAAUAAGGAAUACCGAACGCAUCCCCCGGUCGGACAACAUGGACUUGGCACUGGACACUAAGCCCUUCUUCAGCUUGGGCGAAAUGAGGGACCCGAGGAUUUUGACGAACCGCUACAAAUUGCCGCCGUACACGAACGUUAAAGUGAAGGCUGGCAGAGAGUUUUUGGCAGCUUAUAAUUCAUUGGAACCGGUGAUUACUUUGGUGGAUUUUACGAAGGAAUCGAGAAGAAAUGCGGCCGAUUUUCUUAAGAUAUUACCCAAUCUUCAUCCGAGGGGGAAGGACAUCAAUUUUGAAUUGAUGUUUUUCAAUUCGUCAGGAGUGACGGCGGUUUUAGAAACCACCGGCAACAAUCGCAGUCACUUGCUCGAUUUAUUGGAAAAAACGGAAUCGGGUCCCCAAAGUGAAUUGAUGAACAAUGGAUCGGGUGCAGCUGCGUUUUUUGCCUCACUGAACGCCGCUCAGCUUCAGUUAUCGGCUAAGGCGAUUUUGCUGUUUAUUGAUAGGAACGUGGUGGAUGAGAACAUAUCCCAUUUGUCAGGGCCGUUUAUUAAAAACAAGGGGAUAAGGGUGUAUGUAGUUUGGGGAGGAGUUUAUCCUAGUGUCAAGGAAGAGUACAAAUUGUUGAAGGACUUGUGUGAAUACACUGGAGGAAGAUUCAUAGUAGAUGUAGGUGUAAAUUUGUCUGACUUUUACCGAAGACAAUAUUUUGAGGAGGGAACUGAAGACCAAGUCGUAAGUAAAUUAUACCAGAACAAAUAAUAAAUAAACAUUUAAUUUGAUUUAGUCACUACUGCUGCAAAGGAAGAAUUUAGUGAGGUGGAACAACUUUACUUUUCCCAUUGAUUCAGCAGUAACAGCCAUACACAUCAUCAUCACUCCUAAUAUUACUGCAG